AUGUCUUCUUUUAAACCAGAUACAUCAUUACUUUCUAAUCCAUUUCAAUUCUUUCCAGACGGAGUAACAAAUUUACAUUUUCCAUCAAUUUUACCAUAUUCCUCUACACUGGCACUUUUUAAUGAAAUUACAACAAAACUCAAACAGCAUUCUCGAUUUGUGCAAAAUAAUAAUCCAAUUUCUACUGCAACAUCACCUGAAUUAAGUGGCCUAGUAACUAAUAAUAACAUCGCUUGUCUAGGUUCAAUUGUCAAUACAUUUACAGACUUCUACCCAUACCCCGUUACUAAUCGAACAACGUUUUCCAUGAAUAAUAAUAACAAUAAUAAUACUAAUAAUAGAAACGAUGUUGAAAGUACACAGAAAGUUUUUCUGGGGCAUAACAACUAUGGUAAAAUAUACGGAAACCCAUUAAAACAUCACAGUUUAUUCAGUUAUCCUCCAGAAAACUGUAAACUUGUAGAAAGAAAAAAUCCUUAUGCGUAUCAAGAAACUUACGGAGAAGUGGAUGGACAAUAUUACUGUUGUCUAAAUCAUGAACAAAAAGAACAACAGCAUCACUAUAAUCUUCACUGCAACUUCAAAGAAUCAGAAGAAACACUAAAACUAUGUAAGAAAUCAACAUAUGAAAAGAAUGUAUUGAAUACAAUAGAAAAUCAAAAUAAUUAUCUUAUGGAUAGAAUGAUAAAUAUUCAAGAAAAAUGCAUAGAUGAAGAACUGAAAACUUCACCAACUUCAGUGGAUUCUCAGGUGAUUGAAGAUCAAAUGAAGAAAAGUGUUCAGACAUGCGUUUCACAAAGAAAGCGCCAAAAGUCCGUCGAAUUUCAUAUAGACGAUGAAGUUCAAGAUAAUUCAAAACGUUAUCGUACAAGUUAUUCACAGAAACAGAUUGAAUUACUGGAAAGAACUUAUCAGUCAGAUCGUUAUGUCAGUCGACCACAGAGGGCUAAACUUUCCAUUGAACUUAAUCUACCUGAGAAUACAAUCAAAGUUUGGUUUCAAAAUAGGCGGAUGAAAGAGAAACGUCAAGCCCUUAUGUUACCAACUGUUGCAGGGAAAGAUCCUUAUCUGCGAGAAACACUUUUACGAGUUACACAGUUGUAUUGUGCGACACGAUAUGGAAGUGAAAAUCACUGUCCAGUCAACGAAAUAACUAAUGAAUUUCAGCCAAAACCUGCAAACAAUAAAGAAUUUUCGAGUGGGAUACGUAAAAGAAUGAAAACAUUAUCAACACCAGCAACGCAACCAACCACUACAACAUUUUCUACUGGAGAUAUUCAUAGCAAUCCUAUAUUACCACGCUCGUUAAGAAAAUCAUCAGAAAGGGACAGUUCAUCCCAUUUCACCAAUCGGAACCAAUCCAAAUGCAGUGAAAUCCAACAAGAGAGUACGCUAAAUCACUCAGAGUUUAAUAGGAGUUCAUUGAAUAUGGUGAACGGUAAGACUACCUCAGAAAACGAACAAAGAGAUGCCCCAUUUUCAUACACUACAAUGAAAAAUAAAUUCUUACAAAAUGCGAAGCUUUGUAAUCAUGAUGAUGAUGAACAAACUACUAAUCUCACUGAGUGGAAUACAAUCUCUAAUCCCCUAAACCUUUCAAUAUCAUCCAUCAGUAGUGAUGAAAACCAUUCAUUGUUUGAAGACUCACUCCUAAACACAAAGCAAAAGUUUUCUUCGAGUACAGCCAGCUUAUUUUCUUCAUUUUCAUUCAUUAAUACCACACCGUUAUCAAUAUCUAAUAAUCAUAGUGGUUCGUGUAUUUCAUAA